GCGAGGAAGCGGCGGAACAUCUCCAGGGCCGGGCCGGGCUUGUACUGCGGCACCAUGUGUCCGGCGCCCUGCGGAGAAGGAGGCGAGAAAGGCGAGCCGAACUUGUCUGAGGGAAGACUUGUAAGAUUAUGCCACCAUCUGCUGGAAGAAUUUGGAAAGACUUGGCAGAAAGUAGAGAACGAAAAGAAAGGAAACCCAGGCCGCCUUGGAAGGCUGACAAAGAUGCUAACGGAUCGAGCCCGGAAAUCUCUGCUUCCUCUGAAGUUACCAGAAGGAUUUCAGAGCAAAGUGGUUGCACCUCGCAAUGCAAAGUUGGUUACAGAAGAAAAGAAGGACUCUCCACUGACGCCCUCGGCUUUUCUGAAAGAGAUAUCUCUCACAACGGAACAAAGGCUUGCAAGCACCCAUGAAGUACACUUGCCUCGCAUUAUUCAGCUUUUGGACAUGAGUGAAACCUCACACCAGAAAUUCUCCUCGGUUGAUCUGGAUCGGACUCUGUUUCAACCAUUCCCAUCAGAAGUGGUUUUUCAAAACUAUGCCUCUUGUGAGCUGUACGAAGUACCGCUGAUCCUGAGGAACAACGACAAGAUCCCACGGCUCGUAAAGAUUGUUUGUGAGAGUUCACCUUACUUCAGAGUCAUCAGCCCCAACGAUGUGUGCAACAAAGUCGCACCUGGCAUGCCCUCCACAUUCCGGAUUCUCUUCACUCCUGAGGAAAACAAGGAUUAUUUCCAUGAAUUAACUUGCAUUACUGAGAGGGAAAAAUUCAUUGUGCCUAUCCGAGCAAUUGGUGCCCGAGGCAUUUUGGAUUUCCCAGACCAACUGAAUUUCUCCACAUCUCCCGUCAAGUACAAUACACAGAAAACCCUGCUUGUUCGGAACAUUGGCAAUCGAGAAGCCUACUACCAGAUUACCACCCAGAGACCAUUUUCUGUCAAACCCUCCAUUGGGACUCUUGGAGUAAAUGAAACCACACAAUUCACUAUUGACUUUUAUCCAGAAAAAAGUGGCAACCACUGUAAAGACCUUGUUAUACAUUAUGAUACAGGAGAAGACAUUCAUGUCAGUUUAUAUGGAGCUGCUACAGAUGUCAAUGUGAGACUGGAUAAGAACUCCUUGACAAUUGAGAAGACUUAUAUCACUUUAGCAAACCAGAGGUCUGUGAUCAUACACAAUCGGAGUGAUAUCAUUGCGCAUUUUCAGUGGAAAGCAUUUGCAACACACGAAAAGGAAGAAGAGAAAAAACAGACGAUGUGUCAAACCCUGCAGGCUGAACAAAACAGUGUGCUUGAUCAGCUUCUGGUAGAAUGUAACAUGAAUCCUGCACUUCGUGAGCAUCUCUCCAUUGUCACCCGUACCUUUGAGAACCGACGGGCAACUGUCCAUGAAGAUGCAAUGCUCUUCAACAAUAAAGUCUUCUCCAUUGAGCCUCUGGAGGGAGAUGUUUGGCCCAAUUCUACAACUGAAAUCAGUGUGAUGUUCCGGCCACAAGAAGCUGGGAUGUAUCUUCAGACAGUCUACUGUGAUAUUACAGGCCGAGAGACCAGGCUCCCUCUGCGUAUCAAGGGGGAGGCAAUAGGCCCCAAGCUACUUUUCAACUUUGAUCAGCUGGACGUUGGGAAAAUUUUUGUGGGAUCAUCUCACAGUUAUGAGGCCAUCUUAUCUAACCAAGGAGCUAUUGAUGCCCUCUUCCAUCUGAUGUGGCCCUCCACUGUGCUGGGUGCCUGCUUUGCCUUUCAACCCAGAGAAGGAAUCGUUGAGCCGGGUUGCCAUCAGGCCAUUCACAUUUCUUUCAGCUCUACUGUCCUGGGCCCCUUCUCAGAAGAGUUCAAGUUCCACGUGAAUGGCUCUCCCCAGCCUGUGACCUUAGUUAUUCAGGGCUGUGUCAUUGGACCCACUUUUCAUUUCAGUGUCCCCUCUCUCGAUUUUGGGAAUGUCUCCUUCGGUUUCCCUCAAACCCUGUCCUGCUGCCUCAGCAACACUUCACUGGUGCCCAUGACUUUCAGCCUGCAUGUUCCAGGAGAUGGUAAUGGAGAGCCAAGUAUUAGGAGUCAGGAUCAAGCCUCUGACAUCUCAAGGCCAACGUGGAGAAAAGCACGGUUUGCAUCUGCAAGGCCCAAAGAAUUUACCAUCUCUCCCAGCUAUGGUACCAUUCGCCCACAAGGAUUUCUGGACAUUGAGGUGACCUUAUGCUCAAACACAGUGAAGACCUAUGAAACUGCCCUUGUAGUGGACGUCAAAGGUAGUGGUGAGGAUGUGCUGGCCCUCCCAAUUUCAGCAAGAUGCCUCACACCUCCACUACACGUGGCAAACCCCACUGUGAAUUUUGGACGUUGUUUCCUGAAAUUUCAGUAUCAACAAGUGGCAAAACUUGUUAAUGAAGCUGACCUUCCAGGAUGCUAUGGUGUUCUUCCCCAGGAAUAUAAGGACUCUCCCACCAUCUUGUAUUCAAGUCCAGUGCCUUGCGGUAUUAUUCCACCUCAUACUACAGUUGAAAUCCCAUUAGCUUUGGAAGUUGAGGAAAAAGGCCACCAGGAAACAAUGGCCUGCAUAGCUAUCUUUGGGAAUGAAGACUUUCCCCUGAAAAUCCAAUUGGUGACUUUUGGAGAAGGUCCUGUUGUUUAUGUGCAUCCAUCUAAGAUAGAUUUUGGCUGCAUCCAGGUUUUAAAGAAUGUUUCCAGGGCACUUUGUCUUUCAAAUCAGUCUGUUAUUCCUGCACCAUUUAAGGCGCAGAUGGCCCAUACUCCUUCCCAGUGGAGAAUUGACCCCAGUGAAGGGGUUGUUCCUCCAGAGGCGGAAAUGUCACUCACUCUUAUUGUUAAUUUGGAUGAUAUCGUAUUGUUUCAGGACAAAAUCAACCUGGCUAUAGAGAACAGUAAUUCUUAUAUUAUUCCAGUCCUGGCCACUGGCAUUGGAACAACCAUUGUCACAGACAAGCCAUUUGCUCCUGCCAUCAAUCUGGGACCCCAUUUCAGGUAA